AUGACUAUCAAUCAUUCCAGAAUUUAAGGAAAGAAAAUAAACAAUGAUCAAUUAUCCAGUAUUAGAACUUGGUUAAAAUAAAAUAAUUUUACAACUUUGAGGCAAGAAGAUAGUGUGUUUAUUGCUCAAAUUAAUUUUAUCAAAAAUGUCCCAAGAAGCAGAUCCUCCAAGUAUGGAGAGUCAAGAAUCCUUAUUGUAUUCAGCAAGACACGGGGAGUUGUCUGUCGUAAAAGCAUUAUUACAGGCUUCCUCGGACGGAGAACUAACUUUGGAUAUCAAUUGCAAAGGUAAAAGCAAAAGUAACUUAGGAUGGACUCCUCUCCACCUAGCAACAUACUUUGGCCAUGUGGAUGUUGUGGAAGCCUUAUUAGAAGCUGGAGCCAAUGUGGAUGAAGUCAAUGACACUGGUGAUACUGCACUUCACAAGGCAUCAUUUAUUGGAAAUGAGGAAUUAGUAAUUCUCCUACUCAAGCACAAAGCAGAUGUUAACAUCAUGAAUGGAGAGGGUAGAACUGCUUGUGAUGUGUGUAAAACAAGAGAUGUGCAGAGAUUGCUUGAGGCAGCACAGAGGGUGGAGCGACAAGAGAGGGAACGGAGACUACUCACAGCUGCCAAAGAGGGACGGAUUGACGAUAUACAAGAACUGCUAAGCAGUUCAAACCCGCCAAACAUUAAUUGCGUAGACGCACAGGGCAAUACGUGCCUCCACUGCGCGGCGUACAGAGGCCACGCGCGGCUCGCCGUUCUCUUACUACAGAAUGGAGUCGAUACCACGUUAAGAAAUAACAGUGGUCAACUGGCCAUAGAGCUGGCCAAAGACAACGAUAUGCGGGAAGUGUUGAGCGUGAGGCCGGUGCAGCGGUUGAAGAGAACGGCGGCCAGGUUCGAGGGGCCGCUGCUGAAGAGAUCCCGGUUCCUGGGCUGGAGACCAGUGUGGGCGGUGCUGCAGCGCGGCGUGCUGCUGUACUACGGGUCGCGCGCGGAGGCGGCGCGGGCGCAGGGCGGCUGGCGCGCGCGCUGCUACCUGGACGGCGCCGCGCUGGCCGCGCCCGCCGCGCCCGCCGCCGACCGCGCGCUGCUGCUGCUGCGGCUCAGCGACGGCGACAGCCACCGCCUCGCCGUGCCGCCCGCCGAGCGCGACGUCGCCGCCUGCAGGCAGUCAUGGAUAACUGCAUUUAACGAGCACAUAGCGUACUCAGGACACUACCUGUGGGCGGGGGCGUCGCCCGAUGCCGCUAGGGAGGCCACAGAGGACUUGGAAGAUGAAUGCAAGCCUUUAGGCUCGAUGCAAGACGCCCUAACAACGGCCACCAACAGCCUGGCGUUACUGGACACGCAGCUGCGCGAGUGUUCGGCCAUCGUCGCUGCGCUCGACAAGAGCGUCAACGUCGGAAACUCGCUGCACCACUCUGCUUACAUGCGCUUCCAGCACGCGUGCGGCACGGGCGCUGAAGCGCUGGCAGCGCUGCGGCACUGCGCUGCGCUCGUGGCGCAGGCGCGGGACGCGGACACCGCGCGCCUCAACAGGGAGAUUGAACGUAACCGCGUUUUGGAAGAAGCUCUAGCGGCCCUCGCCCGCACGCACCAUGCCCUAGAAAUGUCUGUCGCUGAAGAACUCACUAAGAGUAAAAGAAAGAAAAAAUCGACAUCCUCUCAAAACGAUUCCAAAGAAAACUUCUUUGAUGUGUUUAGCGGGUCCGGCUCGGAGGGCGAGGGUGACGGUGAUGGCGGCGAGGAGGAUGAAGACGAUACUCUGGUGACGGCGGGGCUGUCGAGUCCGCUGGGCGCGCUCAGUCCGUGGGGCAGCAGCCCCGACCUCGCUCGCCUUACGCCCAUUGGUAGUCUUGAUGGAGAUAAAACACCGACCAAUGAGGAGGAGGAAUUCUGUCGUCGAAGGUCAGGGUCCUCGGAGUCCCUCCAGUCCCUGCACACCGCCAUCAGCCCGGCCAGCUCCCGCGGGACCCUGGUCUCGCAAGGUGGUCACGUGUACAGAAACGCCAGGCCCUACAGGAAGACUACGAAACUAAGGACCUCAUUGCCAGUUGCCCAAUUCAGCCGCGGCGACUUCUCCCUCUGGUCGGUGCUGAAGAACUGCGUGGGCAAGGAGCUGUCAAAGAUCACAAUGCCGGUGGUGUUCAACGAACCGCUCUCGUUCCUCCAGCGGAUGCUCGAGUACCUGGAGUACGCGCAUCUGCUGAGGAUGGCUUCGGAGCAAACGGAUCCAGUCGCCAGAAUGGAGUAUAUUGCUGCGUUUGCUGUGAGCGCAUUGGCUUCAAAUUGGGAACGUUUGGGCAAACCAUUCAAUCCACUCCUCGGAGAGACUUAUGAGCUCGAGAGACCUGAAUUUAGAGCAGUUUGUGAACAAGUGUCCCACCAUCCGCCAGUGUCCGCGUUUCACGCUGACAGUCCUCAUUUCGUCUUUCAUGGUUCUGUCCACCCCAAACUCAAGUUCUGCGGUAAGAGCGUUGAGAUUCAACCCAAAGGUCAUGUGACUGUGGAACUGCCCAGGUGGGGUGAAGCAUACACGUGGAGUAACGUCAACUGCUGCGUCCACAACGUCAUCGUUGGCAAACUGUGGAUUGAACAGUAUGGCCCUAUGGAGGUCGUGUGCCAUGGAGGGGCUGGACUGAAAGCUAAUCUGUCCUUCAAGCCGGCUGGCUUUAAUAAUCGGGAUUUGCACAGAGUUGACGGUUUUAUUGUGGACUCCAAUAAGAAGCGCGUCCGGUUCCUGUACGGUAAAUGGACGGAAUACAUAAAGUGCUGUAAUGCUGCAGCUUACGAGCAAUGGGCCAAAGAAAGGGGGGAAGAAGCGAGCGCGCAGCAGACUCCGUCCCACACACCCAAGAAAGUGCUCGCUAAACUCAACAGCUUUAAAGUGGGGGCGCUGCGGUCUAUGUCGGUACAAGACUCGGACGAACCUGAGAAUUCGGAUGAAGUGCCCAAAUCGGAUGAGACGUUCAACAUCGAUAUACCAGGUUCCGUGACCCUGUGGGAGGCCAGGCCCAGGCCCAGCAGCAGUGCGCAGUACUACCAGUUCACCGAGUUUGCGAUGUCACUGAACGAGCUAGAACGUGACAUGAAGGGCCAGCUGUGCCCCACGGACAGCAGACUGAGACCCGACGUGAGGCUGCUAGAACAAGGAGACAUCGACGCGGCGGCUGCGGAGAAGACCAGGCUCGAGGAGAAGCAGCGCUCCGCCAGGAAACUGCUGAAGAAGAGCGCGGAUGGUUGGCAGCCCAGGUGGUUCAGCCAAGGAACAAAUCCUUAUACAAAACAGGAAGACUGGCUCUACAACGGCGGAUAUUGGGAUCGUAACUACCAACAUUUGAAAGAUAUUGAUAUAUUUUAAUGUUCCUUCAUAGUUUGUAUUUACAACGGCAUUUGGAAUGAUGAUACGUAUUAUAGAUACGUAAGUACUUAAUAACGUAUAAAACAUGGCGCAUUGAAUGUAUUCCAAAAUGUUAUUUCUAAGCAACUUUAAAGUAAAAAGGACCAGCGCGUGAAAAAGGAUACAAGAUGCUAAGAUGUAAUCAAUGAGAUUGUAAGCAAUGUGUAGAUGUAAAUGUUUAAAAUUAUAUAAAAAAAUAUACAAGUAAGUAAAGUAUAAAUUAUACUAUAUAACCUUAUAUUCAGCCUUCAUUCAUCUACCUACACGCUACGCUCAAGCUAACAAGUUCAAAUUAGCGAGAAAAAAAAAUAUUAUAUUUUUACUGCAAAAUGUAUAACAUUUAUUACAUAUUUCAUUCUGAAUGGAUCCUAUUAAUUUAGUGUAUUUAAUUAUAAAUCGGUAUAAAAUACCUAAUCGUAGAACGACUAUGUUUUAGUUAGGGAAUGAAAUAGGUACGUAAUCACGUCUGCUCAUUAUUCGAAAUGUACAUAUAUAUGUAUGUAUGUGUAUAAUGUGUACAAUUGUAUACAUUUAACUGUGUAAAUCUGUACUGUAUACAUGUUAUUAAACAUUGUAAAUGUAUACAGUAUAAAUUAUUAAAUUAAAUAGAUACGUGAUCAUGUCUGCUUAUUAUUCGAAUAUAAAAUGUACAUGUAUUUAGUAAAAUGUAUAAAAUUGUAUACAAUAUACAUGUCCUUGUACUGCUGAAGUUGUACUAGAUAUUGUGUAUAAGUAUGGAUAUGGAUAAUUUAAAUACAAUAUGCAAACGUAACAAUUUCCGCACCAGUUUUUUUUUAAUCCAUCUUGAAAGGGAAUAAGCAAGGAAUUAAUACAGUUAACAAAAGACGGCAAUUGGAUCUUUGUCUUCAUGAAGUAUUUAUAAAGUUUAUUUGUCAUAUUGAGUUAACAAAGUGGAACUAUAUGUGGUAGAAAAAAUCUUUUCAGAAUUACUAUUCGAUAAAAAUUAAAUGUAAAUUAAAUAAGAAUCAGAAAGCAAAGUGUUUUUAAUCACAAAGUGGAGUCAAUUACUAAGUAAUAAUAAUAUUUUUCAUAUAAAAUAGGAAAGAAUAGAUAUUGCGACAAAAUAUUAAAUACAGGAAAGAGGAUUUUGUAAAGAAAAAAUAUAAUUAUAUUUCUAUUUCAUUACUAUUGAACAUAAGCCUUCUUCAUAAGGGGAGUAUUGUCAGUAGUCGCCACUCUUGGCAGCUGGGUUGGCAAACGCACUUAGGCUUUUAGACAUUUUUUAUGAUGGACGCUGCUGCCCAGCCCUCUACCAUUAGGUUUCCUUAGUCGCCUCUUACGACGCCCACGGAAAAAGAAGGGGUGGUCUAUUCUAUGCCAGGACCACACGGCCAAUAAUAUACCUAUACAACUGAAGAAAAUACGUGUAUUUUUUAUGAUAGUAAACAACUUGACGGCCCACCUAAUGAAAAGUAAAAGAAAAGAAACUUCACUCGAUCAAGUUUCGAUUUAGGGCGAACAAAAUCUUGUCCGAUUCAACCCUAAGACACAAGUCUAUGCGUUCACCGCAAAAGAGACGCUAUUUGUUGUAUCUCCUCACUUAUAAAGAGUCUCCCUCUGGUAAACAUAGUUUCUUUUUUUAUCGAGCGCAAGUUGUUAAUUAAAUUUAACUAAGGAACUAAUAAGGAAUAGAAAUUUAACUGAUUUUUGUAGCAAUAUCUGUCGGAUUAAAAAAAAAACAUGUAGUAUAAAUGUAUAGUUGAUGUUGUUACGUUGCUUAACUGUGCUAAGGCCAAGCUGCGAGACGCUAUAAUAACAUUGGCCCAAUAGAUUGGUAACACUUAUAUUUCAUAAUAUUUACUAGAAGCUGCCUGUAUAAUUCUAUGACGAUUUUGUUGCAAUUAUGAAAGAAACUAUAUACCGGUUUCAUUUAUUACUAUAUCCUUUAAAUUAAUAAUUUUUACGAUUUUGAUUCAUUUUCUUAUUAUCAUUUAAAAUAUAUACGAGUAUGUAAAUUUGUAGUAAUGUAGAAUUAAUUUUGUGAAUUAUAAAUAGAUGUUAAUUAAAAUGUACUUAUUUAAUUAAUCGUUAUUUUAAAUUAAAUACUAAUUCAAUGGCAUAAAAUGCUAUAAAAUAUGAGUUUAUAAUUUUACAAUUUGUAAAUGUAAUAAUUUCGGACCUGGACAUUUUAGUAAGCAGGUAGGUAUGUAGUAGUAUUUAUUGAAGGUUAUACCAACUCAUAGUAGAAUUUAGAUUGUAUAUUAAUAUGUAUAUUAGAAGUAACAUAUACCCUAUCUAUAUAAUUUAUAGCAUCGCUAAGUUUUUUAAUUUAAGAAAAAAAAAUUGGUAUAUAUUGUAGAUUUAUGUAGAUACUGGUAAAUACAUUUACAGUCGACAACAAAAGUACUUGCAACAUUACUAUAUAGUAAAGUUGUUGUUAUAUAAGUUAUUUUACGUGCUAUUUUAUAUUAUUCAAUUAUUAAUAUUUUAGCAAAUUUUUCCUUAUUCACAUCGUCUCUACGUAAUGUAGUUUCUAAAUAUGGAAUUUAUUUAUUUAUUGUUAGAGAGGCAAACGAGCAGAUAGCCCACUUGAUAGAAAUCGGCUACCGUCGUCCAUGGACACCUGCAACACUAGAGGAGUUGCUUGUGCGUCGCCAACCUCUUCAAGAUUUGUAGCCGUUUUUUGAAAAGCUCCAUUGUAUAAUGUGUGAGGGGAAAACUAAAUAGCUAUUAGUAUUUUUAUUUUAGCUAAUUUUAAUUGGUUAUUUAAGAAAAAAAAAACAGCUAAAUGCAAAUUAUUAAGAAUAAAAUAAUUGUAUGUUUAAAGAAAAAAAAAUUAGUUAUACUUGUCCUUACUAUACCACAGGAAACAAAUUAUUUAAUUGGAAAUAAUUAGACAAUACUUUAAUUGCUGUGUUAGUGAUUUUACAUAAUUAUAUAAAUAUGUGUGUGUCUAUGAAUCUCGUAAUUGUUGCUACUUGUCUAAUAGUGUGUGAAGAUUCUAUCUAAUACUUCGAUAAGUAGAUAGUUAUAAAUAAUAUUCGAUCUUCCACACCGUCUUUAUUAAUAAUGUUUUUUUUUAUUAUUUAUUUUACUGAAAUAGGUGUUAUUUUGCGGAAGUCCACAUCACUGGUGGUUAUUUGAUUAGAAAUAUUUUGUUUAAUUCCGCUACCAAUUAGUAUGUGUGUGACUGCCAACACUCUAAAAUUUACCACCAUCAUUGCUGCCAGAAGUUCUAUAACAUUCCGUAUUAGUCAUAAAUUUCCAACAACUAGCACGUUUUGCAACACGUAUUUCACACACAAUAGACAAAGAAAUAUGUAUGAAACACGUGUCGCAAAACAUGCGUGGACUAAAUGGCAGUCGGAGAUUGAGGGUUAAUAUGGAAGGUUGUAGACGCACAGAACGUAAUAACAAUGAUAGCAGAAUUAAACAAAAUAAUUCUAAUCAAAUAUCCAGAUUUCUUAUGUAACAAUGUUUUAGAUCAUAGUUAGGAAAAAUAUAUUUAUUAUUAGGUACAGUCGCGUGCAAUAUACUCGAUAGAAAUUGUGUAAUUACAUCUCACAAUUCGUUCAUGAGGAUGUCGCACAAAUAAAUAAAUAAUAAUUCAAAUGUUUGAAUUAUAUAUAGUGAUGUGAAUAACAGAGCAGUUAAGUAUUUAUUGCAACGACUGUACUAAUAAACUUUGUCUUAAUUUAAAAACUGUACAACAAAAUAGUCCAGUGUUAUUACUUCAAACUAUUGAGAUGUUUAGUUUAAACAGCUUAUUUGUCUGUAGUAUAUAUAUAUUGUUGUACUUUUAAAUUAAUUAAAGAUUUAUAAAUUAUUUUUUUAAAAUCUUUCGAUUGAGCUUAUAAUUAUGUUGUACUAUUAGUUAACUUUCUAAUAUUGUAUAAGUAUCUUAAUAUAUAAAUAGUUUCUAAAUGUUAGCUAAUAAAAUGAAAAAAAAAAACAUGUCCCAUUCGCAGCUAAAAUCUGUUUUAUAUUAUAUAAAAAAAUAUUGUAAAUAAGUUUGGGAAAAAGAUUAGACUAAAUAGGUUAAAGUUAUUGAAUUAUCUGUUAAAAUACGGUACAGUUUGAAGAAAAUAAUUAGUGAUGGUUUUAUAAUUAAAAUUGAAAAGGAUACGUGAUUGAUUCAGAUUGAAAUAUAUUAUAAUUAAUUAGGAAAAUGGAUAAUGAACUUAAUUAAUUAAAUUAAAAAUGAUAAGGAAGUUAAUAAUUGUUUAGUUCGCAAUAUUUUAAUAGAAAUUUGAACAGUUGCGAAUUCACUAUCAUUCAGUUGAAUGAAACAACUCUGUGUCUAUUGAUAACUAUCUGUAUCUACUAUUAUUUAGUUAUAAAAUGGUAAUUAUUAUGGAAGAAUCUAGUCGAAAAUAUAGUUAUUCGAGUACAUAGUACUAUUGAAUGGAUGUAUGCAAAUUUUUGAAGCCAAAGUAUUGACCUGUAGGAUUCAAUUAAGUGUGAUAGAGACUGUAAAAUUAUAUAGGUACCUACCUAUCUUAAAUCUGUAUGACAUUAAAUAAAUAGACGGAAGUUAAUAAA